AUGCCGGCCAUGCGGGGGCUCCUGGCGCCGCAGAACACCUUCCUGGACACGAUCGCCACGCGCUUCGACGGCACGCAUAGUAACUUCGUGCUGGGCAACGCCCAGGUGGCGGGGCUCUUCCCGGUGGUCUACUGCUCCGAUGGCUUCUGCGACCUCACGGGCUUCUCCCGGGCCGAGGUCAUGCAGCGAGGCUGCGCCUGCUCCUUCCUCUACGGGCCGGACACCAGUGAGCUCGUCCGUCAGCAGAUCCGCAAGGCUCUGGAUGAGCACAAGGAGUUCAAGGCUGAGCUGAUCCUGUACAGGAAGAGCGGACUUCCAUUCUGGUGCCUCCUGGAUGUGAUACCCAUAAAGAACGAGAAAGGGGAGGUGGCCCUCUUCCUGGUCUCUCACAAGGAUAUCAGUGACACCAAGACCCGAGGGGGCCCUGACAACUGGAAGGAGACAGGGGGUGGCCGGCGCCGCUAUGGCCGAGCGGGGUCAAAAGGCUUCAAUGCCAACCGACGGAGGAGCCGGGCUGUGCUCUACCACCUGUCUGGGCACCUGCAGAAACAACCCAAGGGCAAACACAAGCUCAACAAGGGAGUGUUUGGGGAGAAACCAAACUUGCCGGAGUACAAAGUGGCCGCCAUCCGGAAGUCACCUUUCAUCCUGCUGCACUGCGGGGCGCUGAGAGCCACCUGGGACGGCUUCAUCCUGCUGGCCACACUCUACGUGGCCGUCACCGUACCCUACAGCGUGUGCGUGAGCACGGCCCGGGAGCCCAGCACUGCCCGCGGCCCGCCCAGCGUCUGUGACCUGGCCGUGGAGGUGCUCUUCAUCCUUGACAUCGUGCUGAACUUCCGCACCACGUUCGUAUCCAAGUCCGGCCAGGUGGUGUUCGCCCCCAAGUCCAUCUGCCUCCACUACGUCACCACCUGGUUCCUACUGGAUGUCAUCGCGGCGCUGCCCUUCGACCUGCUGCACGCCUUCAAGGUCAACGUGUACUUCGGGGCGCACCUGCUGAAGACCGUGCGGCUGCUGCGGCUGCUGCGGCUGCUCCCGCGCCUGGACCGGUACUCGCAGUACAGUGCCGUGGUGCUCACGCUGCUCAUGGCCGCGUUCGCCCUGCUCGCCCACUGGGUGGCCUGCGUCUGGUUCUACAUCGGCCAGCGAGAAAUCGAGAGCAGCGAGUCGGAGCUGCCUGAGAUUGGCUGGCUGCAGGAACUGGCCCGCCGCCUGGAGACGCCCUACUACCUGGUGGGCCGGACCCCAGCAGGCGGGAACGGCUCUGGGCCUGGGGACAACUGUAGCAGCAGCGGCCGCAGCGAAGCCAACGGCACGGGGCUGGAGCUCCUGGGUGGGCCGUCGCUGCGCAGCGCCUACAUCACCUCCCUAUACUUCGCGCUCAGCAGCCUCACCAGCGUGGGCUUUGGCAACGUGUCCGCCAACACGGACACAGAGAAGAUCUUCUCCAUCUGCACCAUGCUGAUCGGCGCCCUGAUGCACGCAGUGGUGUUUGGGAACGUGACAGCCAUCAUCCAACGCAUGUACGCCCGCCGCUUCCUCUACCACAGCCGCACUCGCGACCUGCGAGACUACAUCCGCACGCACCGCAUCCCCAAGCCCCUCAAACAGCGCAUGCUCGAGUGUUUCCAGGCCACCUGGGCGGCGAACAACGGCAUUGACACCGCCGAGCUCCUGCAGAGCCUCCCGGAUGAGCUCCGUGCCGACAUCGCCAUGCACCUGCACAAGGAAGUCCUACAGCUGCCGCUGUUCGAGGCCGCAAGCCGCGGCUGCCUGCGGGCUCUGUCGCUGGCCCUGCGGCCGGCCUUCUGCACGCCCGGGGAGUAUCUCAUCCACCAGGGCGACGCCCUCCAAGCUCUCUACUUUGUCUGCUCCGGUUCCAUGGAGGUGCUCAAGGGUGGCACCGUGCUUGCCAUCCUAGGGAAGGGUGAUCUGAUUGGCUGUGAGCUGCCUCGGCGGGAGCAGGUGGUCAAGGCCAAUGCUGACGUGAAGGGGCUGACCUACUGCGUCCUGCAGUGCCUGCAGCUGGCCGGGCUGCACGAGAGCCUUGCACUGUACCCCGAGUUUGCGCCACGCUUCAGCCGCGGUCUCCGAGGAGAACUCAGCUACAACCUGGGUGCUGGGGGAAGCUCUGCGGAGGUGGACACCAGCUCCUUGAGUGGUGACAACACCCUCAUGUCCACACUGGAGGAGAAGGAGACAGAUGGGGAACAGGGCCCCACAGUCUCACCAGCCCCUGCCGACGAGCCCUCCAGUCCCCUGCUGUCCCCUGGCUGCACCUCUUCAUCUUCAGCCGCCAAGCUGUUGUCCCCACGUCGAACUGCACCCCGGCCCCGUCUCGGCGGCAGAGGCCGGCCGAGCCGGGCCGGGGCUUUGAAGGAAGAGGCUGGACCCUCUACUCACCCACGGACCCUAGAGGGGCUGCGGCUUCCCCCUGUGCCAUGGAAUGUGCCCCCGGAACUGAGCCCCAGGGUUGUUGAUGGCAUCGAGGAUGGCUGUGGAUCCUCUGACCAGCCCCAGUUCUCCUUCCGCGUGGGGAAGCCUGGCCCGGAAUGUAGCAGCAGGCCCUCCCCAGUGCCAGAGAGCGGCCUGCUCACUGUGCCGCUUGGGCCCAGUGAGGCGAGAAACACAGACACCCUGGACAAGCUUCAGCAGGCGGUGAUGGAGCUGUCCGAGCAGGUGCUGCAGAUGCGGGAGGGGCUGCAGUCGCUGCGCCAGGCCGUGCAGCUCGUGCUGGAGCCCCACGGGGAGGGCCGGUGCCCAGCCAGCCCCUCGGGGCUCCUGCAGCCCCUGCGCGUGGACACCGACGCCUCCUCCCAAGCCCCGCAGCCCCCAGCUGGCUCAGUCGUAACCGGAACUUGGCCCCACCCACGAGGACCCUCUCCUCUCAUGGCACCUUGGCCCUGGGGGCCCCCGGCAUCUCAGAGCUCCCCCUGGCCUCGAGCCACAGCUUUAUGGGCUUCAACCUCGGACUCAGAGCCCCCAGGCUCAGAGGAACUCUGCUCUGAGCCCAGCACGCCGGCCUCGCCCCCUCCUUCUGAGGAAGCAGCUAGGACUGGGCCCCCCGAGGCCACGAGCCAGGCCGAGGCCACCAGCACUGGAGAGCCCCCACCAGGGUCGGGGGGCCUGGCCUUGCCCUGGGACCCCCACAACCUAGAGAUGGUGCUUAUCGGUUGCCACAGCUCCGGCUCAGUGCAGUGGUCACAGGAAGAAGGUACGGGGGUCUGA